AAAGCCACCAGCUCUCUCGCUCCCUCUCCCUCUCCCUCUCCCUCUCUCUCUCUCUCUCUCUCUCUCUCUAGACGCAUCAUACGCUUUGUUGGAUCGAUGCAGCAUUGCGAAUUGAAUUCGAGGCGUAUAUGUUGAACUGGGUCGUUGAAGCGGAGGCCAGAUGUGGAGCAGAAUCGGGAAUUCGAAGCUGAGAAGCGAAAUCGCGAACCGAGCGAUCAGGAGGUGGUCGUCGGCGUCGUCGUCCGGCGAGCCGUCGAGCGAAGGGAGGUUCGCUGCGGUAUGGGGGAAUGGGGAUUACGGGAGAUUGGGGCACGGCAAUCUGGAGUCGCAAUGGAGGCCGAAGCCUGUCGCCUUCUCUGGGUUUAAGCGACAGAGUCUCAAGUCCAUAGCUUGCGGCGGAGCUCACACCCUCUUCUUAACAGAAUCUGGGCAAGUUUAUGCAACUGGUCUGAAUGAUCAUGGACAGCUUGGAAUUUCAGAUGAUAAAAUGUAUACUAUUGAGCCUGUAGAAGUUUCUGGACUGCCUGAAGAAAUUGUUGAAAUAUCUGCCGGCUACCAUCACUCUUGUGCUAUCACGGUGGAUGGAGAACUCUACAUGUGGGGGAAUAACUCAAGCGGACAGCUUGGCCUCGGAAAAAAAUCUGCAAAAGUUGUCCCCGUGCCAACUAAAGUGGAGUGCUUGACUGGAAUGUUUGUAAAAAGGUCAGCUUUGGGCUCAGAGCAUUCAAUUGCUGUUACAGACAAAGGUGAUGCUUUAAGCUGGGGAGGUGGAGGAUCUGGAAGACUUGGUCAUGGACAUGAAUCAAGUAUAUUUGGGUUUCUUGGAAGCAGCAGUGAAUACACACCAAGGCUCAUCAAGAAGCUUGAGGGGUUGAAGGUUAAAAAUAUUGCUGCUGGGCUGCUGCAUUCAGCUUGCAUAGAUGAGAAUGGCUCUGUGUUCUUAUUUGGCGAGAAAGCUUUACAAAAACUGGGAUUUGGAGGGGAUAAAAAUGCAGCAACUCCAUCCACGAUUGAUGAGCUACCAUAUUCUGAAGAAGUUGCUUGUGGUGGCUAUCACACAUGCGUUAUAACAUGUGGUGGGGAGCUUUAUACAUGGGGCUCGAAUGAAAAUGGCUGUCUGGGAAAUGGGUCAACAGAUGUCUUCCAUUUACCUGAGAGAGUCAAGGGUCCUUUUGUCAAAUCUCCUGUUAGCAAGGUAUCCUGUGGUUGGAAGCAUACAGCUGCUAUCUCUGAUGGCAAAGUUUUCACCUGGGGUUGGGGAGGUUCUCAAGGGACAUUUUCGGAAGAUGGACAUUCUUCUGGUGGACAACUGGGUCAUGGGGAUGACGUGGACUACAUAAAACCGGCAAUGGUCUACUUUGACGAGCCUGUGAAAGCGGUACUCAUAUCAUGCGGGUUCAACCACACAGGUGCAAUAUUCGAGUUCACUGAAGCUUAGGGCUUGCAUGAGAUUGAGUGGUGCGAACUCUUUGAUCUCGAUAAUAAUGUCUAUAUCAUUAUUGGACCACACAAGGAAUAAUAACAUGCUUUUACUUCCCCGGGAAUAUCUAUAAUGAGCAAGUAAUUGAGGAGGUGAUUGUAGACAGGCUGACACAGGAACACAUGCAGAAAAGAUCCUUUGGAGGAACACAUACAGCUGUACAAAUGCAGAAACAGUCUUUGUUAUGAUUGGCCUGUACCGGGAUAUUACAUUCUUUGAUAAGUAUACCUGCAUAUGAUACAAGGCACAGAACUUGUACAGUGAAUUUUGUAUAUGAACAGGCCUCUUUUUUUGUGGUUUA